AUGUUCCGAAACCGGUACGUUUACGAUGCACCUGAUGGCCCGACAAAACCGAAACUAAUGUUCGAGGGUGGCUCACAUGGUGCCUUCAUGGUGAAUGGAAGGCCGACCGACAUGAAAAUGGACGAGUCCGAUUUAAAACAUCCGAAUGAUCAGACCCCACGAAACUUGCAGGAACUCAAUUUCACCUCCUCGUGGAUUGAGCCGAAUGGCAUGCCCAUGAUGCCUCUCGCUAGCCAGUACCCGGGUUUCUACACCCCCAAUUCUGGCGGCAUGGGUGCCAUCUUUCACAGCCAGGCGGGCGACUUGCACACACCUACCGUCGGCAUGAAUAUGAUAACGCCCCUUUCGCUUUCGAAUUCCAUGUCUGUCCAGCACAGCCAAGGUCAAGGUCUCGAUCAUUUUAAUCAGCAAUAUCUUGAGCAGCAUGUGCCUGAGAUAAACCCCUACGUCCAGCCAGCAUCAUACGCCCCUAGCGCGUUUAUGCACAGCCGAGAAUCGGGAUUUGAUGCAAUGGAUGAAUCUGGAGAUAAUUCUUCAAUGAAUGACUUCCCGGUCGACCAGGCUUCAACAAUCUCUACUUCGACCGACUUCUCGAACGCCUCGGGUAUGCCAUACUCCCACGGCGAAAAAUUUCGUUAUAAUGUUGCCCUGCGAGCGCCGACCGCGAUGGUUAAGCAUAAGAGAGAAAUUCCAGUGACUUAUCUCAACAAGGGCCAGGCAUAUAAUCUCACAGUCAUGGACACAAGUCCACCAAUCGUUAGCAACGAGCCAGUAAGGUAUCGAACAUAUGUCCGUGUAUCUUUUGAAGAAGACGAGCAAAGGCUCAAGCCCGCAUCUUGUUGGCAAUUAUGGAAGGAGGGCCGUGGCACGAACGAGGCACAUCAGCGCGGAGGCAAGCUUCAGGCUGUCGAAUACGUGGAUCCCAUUCAGGGAGGCGAUGACCACAAGUCUCGCCAGAUCCAGGUGGAGAGCAUGUCUUUCGAUGGAUUCUGCGUCACUUGGUCUCCGAACCCGGUAACAGGUGCCGCUGACUGUGCCAUUCCUGUACGGUUCAACUUCCUUUCUACCGAUUUCAGUCACUCGAAGGGUGUCAAGGGUAUUCCGGUGCGACUCUGCGCUAAGACUGAGCUCCUCACACCGGGAGAAGCCAGUGGUGUUUCGCGCGAGGCAGAAGUGGCUUACUGCCGUGUCAAGCUUUUCCGAGACCACGGUGCCGAGCGAAAGCUGUCCAAUGAUGUCGCCCACGUGAAAAAGACGAUCGACAAGUUGAAGCAGCAAAUUGCACAGGCAGAGAUGGGUGGUGGUUUUGGCAAGCGCAAGCGUGGUAGCCAAGCUUCCACCAUUUCGAAGGGCUCCGAUCGGAGUAUGAAGCUGUCGAAGCACAAGCGUACCUGGUCGAUCGGUUCUCAGGACCAGCCUGAGAAGAUGUCUUUGGAGGAUGAUCUGCAGUCGAAAUUGUCUAUGAUGCAGGAUAUGUUCUCGUCAACGAGGGUUGUGAGCGUUCUCGCUCUGCGCGGUGACGAGGAAGAUGAUCCCGAUCUAUACCCGGUUCGGUUGCCCACUGAGAGUGACACCGUGACGGUGGAACCACUCAGUCAUCAGAACACCGGUGCCUCCCAAUCCAUGGAGUCCUUGAUUCUCUCGCCCACCAGCAGCAAUUUCUCGGUGAACUCGCCGCGAUUCAACGGAGGAAAAUUGCCGGGAAAGGACGUAAAGGGCCCAACAGUUAUCCGGCGAGGCUCAGAUGAUCCCAGGACCGGAUACAUUGAGGCCAUUGAUAUCGACCCUACUUACCGACCCCCAGCGGAACGACCUCCCAAGCCGAUUGCCUGCUUCUACGUGCGAUUCGGCGGUUCCGAGCAGAGUUACGACUAUUAUCGCGCCAUUUACUUGACGGAACGCACCGUCCGCGACUUAAUGAAGAAGAUCUCCGAGAAGCACCAUAUCGACCCAUCAAGAAUUGUCCGCGUCUUACACGUCAAUCAAAAUGGCAUGCGGAUCAUGGUCGACGACGACGUCGUCCGCGAGCUCCCGGAAGGCCAGGAUAUGAUUGCCGACAUUUACGAAGCCGACACGAGCACCAACGGCAUCCACAGUCCCUCGAUGGAGAUCAAAUUAACAUAUUAA